AUAUACUGCUUUAUUCAUGAUAAGAUCAGUAACGUGCAUUAUUUUUCGUUUGAUUGUUAUUAAUAUUAAAAGAACAAAGUUGUUUCCGGUUGAGGAGUAUGCUUAAAGGACCCCGGCCUAACUGUUUUCUGGGAGAUGGAACUGUUCAGGACAGCAAUACUUCUGUCAGUUCUGGUUCUCUCUCAAGGCUUUCUAAAUAAAGCCAACUCUGUUCCGGGGAACUUCUCUGGGUCGAGAGAGACUGAUGAGCAGCAGACAUCCAAUCUAACCAUAUCUCACCCCCCCAGGCUAUCUCAGCACUGCUCUGGGGUUGUCGAGGUGCUCCAUCRAGGGCUGUGGAGGCCGGUGACCUUUGACCUUGGGUCUGCAGAGUGGGCCAAAGUGGUGGAGGACAUAUGUACCAACCUGAGCUGCGGGGCAGUGUACGAGCUCCGACAGAAUGGCACAGCUACUUUAAACUACUCCAGCUCAACGUGUCUGAGCCAGUGUGUCUACAGAGACCUACUUGUGGAGAACUGUACAGAGCUCUCAUACACGGACUGCUCUAACCUGACUGAGAUAACCUGUGGGCACCAGGCCGUGCGAUUGGCUGGAGGCUCACACCACUGUGAGGGACGGGUGGAGUUGUGGAGAGAGGAAAAAUGGGGAACGGUGUGUGACGAUAGUUGGGACCUGAGAGAUGGGGGCGUGGUCUGUGCUCAAUUGGGCUGUGGCUCUGCCCUAAAUGUGAGUGGGGAGGACGGGUCCUUUGAAGCGGGUGUUGGCCAGGUUCUCUUAGACGAGGUGAACUGUGGAGGGAGCGAGAGGAACCUAUGGGAGUGUCCCUCCAUGGGGACAGUCAACGACUGUGGACACAAAGAGGACGCUGCAGUGGUUUGUUCAGGAAUUCCAUCUCAACCAGGCAACGAGACAGCAGAACAGAACACCCAGACUUCAACCACAGCAGGCUCAGUUCUACUAGUCACCAGUGCAGAGAGCUGGUCCUCUCCUCCCACAGCUGCUGUCUGGGGCUGCAUCGCAUUGUCUAUAGCCCUCCUCCUCACACUCCUCUCCAAUGCUUCACUCUUCCUGUCUUACAGGAGAAGAGCUGCACUUCUGGUUCACCAAAGACAAGAUGGCCGCCUGCUGUCCAUCCAGUCUCAACACACCGACCGAGGGGAGAGAGUCAACCUYCUCACAGUCACCACGGACACAGCUGAUUACACUCCACAGUACCUUUCCCAACAACCCUCUCAGAAUGACACCGACGCCUUGUGUGACUCUGACUAUGAAAACUAUGACUUCAAUGACCAACCCUCUAUUGCCAUGGCUACUGCACUUGUCAGGGUCCUUGACAAUGGAGUAAGCACAAGCAGAGAGCCAUGGGAAACCACGCAGACAGCAGAGACCUCUGACGCUCCUGAGAAAUAUAAUAUUGUUGCUGAGACAAUCAAUGGCAUUGAGAGAAAUAACACUGCCACCCAAAGCCUGCAUUCGCUGGUGUCAUCCAGCACAUCUUCUGGGGAAUGCUAUGAAAACAUUGAGACACAGGAGAAGGAGCUGCUAGACUCAGGUCCAGAUUUGAGAGAAACUGCCCUCACAGACUUGAUCUGUGGAAGAGAGCCAUCCUUGGGAUCGAGUAGUAGUACAUCAUCAGGGGAAUCCUACUACAACGUGGGGAUGGCAGUGGACAGCAUCUACAGUCAGAAAAACCUAUACACAUUCCCCUGUGCAAUCAACAAGUACACACAAGGAUCAGCAACAGCCUGUGAACAGUAGCUUUCACCUACUGAGCAAUCAAAAUCAAGAUGAUUCAAGCAGCUCAUCCUCCUCUGAGCUUUAUGAGAACAUAGAAGUCCAAGAUGAAGAGGGGAUUGGUGAUGCUACUGUGAAAG